GCAGGCUUCAAGUGUCGCUUCCCAUUGGCUUCUGUUCUUGGGCCGGGGUGUACCAUUCGAUCUUUUGUACUGCGUCCUGUCCGACCAGUGCUGUAUCUGAUUCCCUGGUCUUCGACGUCGCUCUGCAACAAUGGCCACCAGAGUGAUUCCACAGCGCGGUGGUACUACCGGUCUACCAAACCAGACUUUAUACUGUACCAACCUACCGGAUAAGUUACGGAAACAUGACCUACGACUCUCCCUCUACAUGCUUUUUUCGACCUACGGCACCGUUCUGGAUGUCGUCGCCAUGAAAACCGAAAAGAUGCGCGGUCAAGCUCAUAUUGUUUUCAAGGAUGUUCAGGCCAGCACGCAGGCUAUGAGGGCGCUUCAGGGGUUUGAGUUCUUCGGUAAACAAAUGAAAAUUGUUUAUGCUAAAGGCACGUCGGAUGUUAUCGCCCGGCUCCGCGGGACGUACAAUUUACCAAUUACAACUGCUACCGGGCAAACCGCGGGAGCAUCCACAGAGCUCCAGAAAUCGAUCUUCAGCGGCCCCCCAGGAUCAGCGGCAUUGCCAUCAAAGCCCAGUGGGGAAGUCAACGGAGAAGCCCAGGCUGGCCAUAGUCUCAAGAGACCGCGUGAGGAGGAAAGCGACGAAGAGGAGGCCCCGAUGGACGAGGAUAGUGAUGUGCCAAUGGAAGCUUCGUCCGACGAAGACUAAUUGCUUCUUCUCCGUACUGGACAUGUGUUUGCCAGGCCGGGAGGGAUCCCAACAGGGAAGGGAGUACUGUGAUACAUUUCAAACUGAGUCACAUGGUGCCUUGGAAUAUCUCCAUGCCCUCCUUUGUGAAGAGUUCCUUUGGCAGCUGAAGACCGAGACGAUUACCCACCAACCCGAGCCAGAUUAUGAGAUAAGCCUCGGGGGUGAGGCGGCGUUGUCCUGCGAUAUGCCUCAUAGCAUCCAUUGUAUGGCAUGGAUGGACGAAAAACGCUGGAGUUCCAGAGUCUGGGUGAUA